CAGCCCAUGGCUCAUAAAGGCACACUCCCACUACUGACAUCUGGGGAUUAUCCCAGAGUCGUAGGCCAAACCAAAAUAUCAAUCAUGGGUUCUUCCCAUGGAACUCAACAAGUUGUUGCCCUCUUGAUCCUCUGUUCGAUCUUGUGCCUCGCUUCAUCGGCCGCAUCGAACCUACCGGAAGAAUACUCCAUCAUACGCGAGAAUGAGCUCGAGGGGAUAGUCUCCGAGGAGAGAGUCGUCGAGCUCUUCCGGAGAUGGAAGGAGAAGCACGGGAAGGUGUACCGGAGCGCCGGCGAUGCCGAGAAGCGGCUCGAGAGCUUCAAGAGGAACUUGAAGUACGUGCUCGAGAAGAAUGCAAGGAUGAAAGCAGGCGGGCCCGCGGCAGGGAAGGAGAGCAGAGUGGGGCUGAACAAGUUUGCGGAUCUCAGCAACGAGGAGUUUAGGGAGAUGUACUUGUCCAAGGUGAAGAAGCCGGCAAGCAAACGGUGGGGGCGGCAGAGCAGCAGCCUCAAGCGGCAGCGGCGGAGGCAGCUGCAGAGAUUGGGGUCGUGCGACAGUGCCCCGGCGACAUUGGACUGGAGGAACUAUGGAAUCGUAACGGCCAUGAAGGACCAAGGAAGCUGUGGAAGUUGCUGGGCAUUCUCAUCGACGGGAGCAAUGGAAGGGAUCAAUGCCCUUAAAACUGGGGAGCUAAUCAGCCUAUCGGAGCAAGAACUCGUUGACUGUGACACCACCAAUGAUGGGUGCGAUGGAGGUUACAUGGACUACGCUUUUGAGUGGGUCAUCAACAAUGGCGGCAUCGAUUCCGGAGCCGAUUAUCCUUACACCAGCACUGAUGGUGUCGACGGGACCUGCAAUGUGACCAAGGAGGAGAACGACAAGGUUGUGUCAAUUGAUGGAUAUGUAGAUGUGGAGGAAACAGACAGUGCACUCUUCUGUGCCGUGGUUCAGCAGCCGGUGAGUGUCGGCAUGGAUGGCUCGGCCAUGGACUUCCAGCUGUACACUGGGGGAAUAUACGCGGGGAGCUGCUCAGAUGACCCCGAUGACAUCGACCAUGCUGUUCUCAUUGUCGGGUAUGCUUCUGAGGGUGAUGAGAACUACUGGAUUGUGAAGAACUCGUGGGGAACUGACUGGGGAAUGGAUGGCUACUUCUACCUGCUAAGGAACACCUCCCUCCCAUUCGGGCAAUGCGCGGUCAAUGCAAUGGCCUCAUACCCGACCAAGGAAUCCUCAGCCCCAUCCCCCUACCCAUCCCCGGUCCCCCCACCGCCUCCACCUCCACCUCCCCCGCCGCCGCCGCCACCAUCGCCAUCCCCAAGUGAGUGUGGGGACUUUUCUUACUGCCCAAGCGAUGAGACGUGCUGCUGUCUGUUCGAGUUCAUUGACUUCUGCCUCAUCUACGGGUGCUGUGAGUAUGAGAAUGCUGUCUGUUGCACCGGCACCGACUAUUGCUGCCCCAGCGAUUACCCGAUUUGCGAUGUCGAAGAGGGUCUCUGCCUCAAGAAUGCCGGGGAUUACCUGGGAAUAGUUGCAAAGAAGAGGAAGAUAGCAAAGCACAAGUUCCCGUGGACAAAGAUUGAGCCGACCGACAGGACAUACUCAUACCAGCCUCUGCGGUGGAAGAGAAAUCGACUUGGGGCGUAAUGUUUAAAAUUCAAAACUUUAAGGGGGUUUGUUUAAUUUAAUUUUGCAUCGCUGUAUUUGAUCUUUCCUCGAUGGGGCAAGGCAUGUUUCAUGUGUUUCAAAGUUGUCACAAUGAAAAAAGGAUGGUAUCAAGAGAAAAACACCGUGCAUUUGAAUACUUACAAGUAUUUUCGUUCA